AUGACUAUCGCUCUGGAUUAUGGAGCCAUGCUCGUCGGUGGCUUGCUGGCCUUCAACUUGUCGGGUUGCGUUAGCAUGCAAUUCAUCGUGUAUUGCCGGACGUAUUUUCGCGAGAGUUGGCUUUAUAAACGAAUGUCGAUGGGAUUCAGACUGCUUGAUUUGUCCCAUUCCGCACUUGUGGCAGUUGCCCUCUGGGAUUCCAUCAUCGCAACCUAUGGUGAUCUGGACAAACUCGACAUAAUCCCCUGGUACGUGUAUUCUGACCCGACAGCUUCAGCUUCUUUGCGCACCGAAUUUUCAUAUGUUUCGUACUUUUCUUUGUUCAUUGGAUUUCACGCACUGAUGUCGGCGGGAAGUGCAAAAGAAGCUCGCUGUAGCAAUUCCGAUUGUAGGCUUAGCUUACAAUCAUACCACACAUUCUUUCAACGAUUUUCGUGGAUCUUCACUUUGGGCCUUUUAAUUUCAGCACUUGUGGAUAUCAUGAUCACAACUUUCAUGUGCUACAUCCUACGCAAAAAUGACCAACAUUUACAGAGUAACACUAUCCGUAUCAUCGACGCCUUGACAUUCUGGACAAUUCAGAAUGGCUCGAUGACAAGUGCUGCGACCAUCUCCACAUUGCUUUGCUGGAAAAUCAUGCCUCAGAACCGCAUAUUCCUAGGUCUUCACUUCGUUGUAGCAAAACUAUAUGCAAACUCCCUUUUAGCUACUCUCAAUGCCAGAAAGCAAAUAUGGAAUGGAAAGCAAUACACUACUGCGACCGAUCAACCUAUGCCAAUCGUCUUUCUGGAGAACUUUGAGCAUGCACCUGAAUCUCCGAUCACGCAACAAGGAUUCUCGGCGAGUAACAUGGCCGCGACCCGUCGAUGA